AUGGGGGCGAGUGACAAGGGCUCAUGGCGAGGAGUGGAAGAUGAUAGCAUUGAACAUUUAGAAGGAGUCCAUUUAUUUUUAAACGCCGAAGGUGCCAGUUUGCUACCGUUAGCCAUUGACGGGCGAAUACUCCACGACCGCCAUUUCACGUGGCGAGCGGGCCAACGGGCCGUCACUAUGCUCUCUCCCAAAGUGGGAGGCUCUUUCGCAGACGUAACACGUCCUUACGUCUCCAAAGGAUUCUGGCUACAGAUGGUAAUACCGAAGGAUUUAGCCCAAGACAUGUCCAAACAAGUGUCACAACUAUCCAAAUUAGCCGAGACAGAUUCUGAAUCGGGCAGCGAAAGCGAAACCGAAGAACAAUGUGUUGUCCCGCUCACACUCACGUGGCCAAGGCAUAGGUUGAAGAUUUCAAUUGUACAUGAUAGAGAAUUAUUAUAACACAACUAAGUAAGAAAAUAUGAUGUUAAAAGCAUAGUAUAAUACGACAAAUAGUAUAACUCCGUCCGUGUUUUAUCGAAGCUUGAUUCUUCCGGAUGAAGUUGAGGAGAUGAGAAGAAAAAUGCA